AUGAAAAUAUUUAAUGAAACUGUUGAAUUCAAAGACGGUCGUUACAUAGUACAACUUCCAUUUCGAAAAGACUAUAAUGAACUUGCUGAUAAUUAUUCUUUAGCGAAACAACGUUUCCGAAGCUUAUGGAAAAGAUUUAAGUAUGACCCGGAUCUCUAUGAUAGAUACCGUGAAAUUAUACAGGAUUAUUCAAGUCAAGGCAUUAUAGAAAUAGUUAAACCUGAUAGUAUACACGAGGAAUGUGAAAGACCUAUAUUUUAUUUACCCCAUAUGGCCGUUAAAAAAGAAAGUUUAACAACAUCGUUAAGAAUUGUGUUUGACGUUGCGACGCACGAGGUCAAUGAACUCUCUCUCAAUGACUGUUUGUGGCCAGGACCCAAUUUAAACCCCAAUCUUUUGGAUGUACUUAUUGAAUUUAAACUCAACGGAACAGCUUUCUGUUCUGAUGUGAAGCAGGCUUUCCUUCAAAUAGGUCUUGUUGAGGUACACAAAGACGCAUUAAGGUUCUUUUGGAGCAAUGAUGAACCGAGUGUUUCCGAAGAUCACAAAAUAAUUAUCUUCCAUUUUAAUAGAGUGAACUUUGGAGUCAACUCAAGUCCAUUUCUACUCGCUGCUACUAUCAGACACCAUAUCAAAAAAUAUGAAAAUGAUCUUCUUGUUAUCGUUCAACUUCUAGAUAGAAAUCUUUAUCUAGAUGAUUUUAUUUCCGGUAGCAAUGACUUUGAUGAAGCAUUAGAUGCAAAAAGAUGCAAAUAA